AGGAAUUAGGAACCGAAGAAGAUAUCAACGACGACCUCAAUAGGAGUGAAUCGUAAGGGGAAGGUCACAGACGACUCAAUUUUGCCAGCGGAAAUGCUGCGUGGUGCCGGAUUCUCCCUUGUGCCCGUGGCAUUGGCCCUCGUUUUCACCUUUCUCACCUUCGUCGCCGAGUGCUCUAUCAAUAACUCCGAGGUAACGUGCAGCAGAACCUGUGUUGCCAAGAAUUGCGAUAAUGCUGGGAUACGGUACGGAAAGUACUGCGGAGUAGGGUGGACCGGUUGUCCCGGAGAAAAACCGUGCGAUGAUGUCGAUGCUUGUUGCAAAAUUCACGACGAAUGCGUCGGAAAACAUGGUUUGAACAAUGUGAAAUGUCAUGAGAAGUUUAAGAGCUGCAUAAAGAAAGUACAGAAAUCUGGGAAGGUCGGAUUCUCUCGGGAGUGUCCUUAUGAGACAGCUGUGGCUACCAUGGUCCAGGGUAUGGAUUUGGCCAUCUUAAUGAGCCAGUUAACUAAUUCGAAGUUUGAACUCUGACUUGCCAAAUUGAGGGCUACUCAAAUCCGAAAUCAUUUAUCAAAUAUCAGGGAAAAAAAAUGGUUGAAUCUGAUUUUACAGAUAUAGGACUUUGUUAAUUAUCAAUAGGUGGAUCCGAUGGUCCAAUCUGGUUUGGGUCGUGUCCCCAGUUCUGAGAUAAAAAAAUCAUGUCAAUUUCUCUUCCUCUUCUUUUCUUCCGUUACGCCUGAUGGAUAGAAUUUGUAGCAAAAGAAACCAGUUUUUUUCUUCAAGAUGUAUGUUUGGGAGCUGGUUUGGGUUGUUGAGAUGGGCAUAUCACGUCAUAACCAUAGAUUGAAUUAGUAUGUUUUUCUAAGACAAGGUGAUAUAUUUUUUA